UUAAUCAGGGUUUAAGGAAUGCAGCACUGGAAGACUGUGCUUUAUGUCAAGAAAGUAUUUCCUCCUCAGAACUUGCAGCAAAAGCCAGAGAUGGGGACUUUGAAGAUCCUCCUGACUGGGUUCCAGAUGAAGUCUGCAGCUACUGCACUGCGUGCAAGGCUCCUUUCACAGUCAUUCGCAGGAAGCACCACUGUCGGAGCUGUGGCAAGAUCUUCUGUUCCCGCUGUUCCUCCCACUCUGCUCCAUUACCUCGUUAUGGUCAGAUGAAGCCUGUCCGUGUUUGCACUCACUGUUACGUGUUCCAUGUCACUCCUUUCUAUAGUGACAAAGCUGGUAUCUGACAUAUUAAACCACUGGUGUGUCAUGGAGUCUUACACGGACUGAUAUAUUUGACCUAAGCCAAGAAUUAACUUGAAAGAGGGAUCCCAUGAGGGCAUGUAGGCUUUGACAUCCAUUAUUAUAAAUUUUGUACAGACAGUUUUUAUUGCAUUUUACUAAGCUGCUAAAGGGAAGUAUGAAGCGACUGUAGCUCUAAGGCUAAAGUACAGUCUUCCAUAAAUUUAUAACAUUAAUGUUACGAUGCCAUAUGCAGAAAAAAUGCACUGUGUGGAAGGAAAUAGGGCUCCAAGAAUUGAACAAGCAUUGCUGCUUAUCUUACACGCUAGGAACAGAGUAGCCAGUUAACCAGUCCAUCCCAGCAAAUCGAUCCCAAAGCUUGGACACUUCUGUGCUCACUAGAAUACCAGCAUGGCUGUGGAUUCAGCACUCUCCCUCCUGUUGCGGUUUAACAUUCCCAUGACUAGAUUUUUUGCUACCUGUGCUAGGAUUAAUUAAAGGAAAA